GCGGGGUGGCUCCUCUCGUGGCUGCCAUGUCCUCCGAGGUACAUUUUUCCAUUUCUCUCCCUAUUUUUUCCCGAUAGAAAAAGAAAUUAUUUGGAAAAUUAGAAAAUAGGAAAAAAUGCGGAAAUUUCUAGUUACCCUUUUCAAUGAUGGAGAGAAAUUUUCUAUUUACAUUGAAUGCGCAGCCAUUUUUUAUGUAUAAAAUUACAAAUUGGAUCGUUAAAGAAUGAGAGCGGAUGGUUGUUUCUAGGGAGGAGGUGGUGACUGCAUCCAAGCGGGGCGGAACGGCAGCAACGGCGACCAUCAGGCCGCGGUGUCAUCGACCGGCGACGGCCUGAUGGUGGCGGAGAACCAGGUGGCCAAGCUCAUGGAGGAGGACAUGGGGUCGGCCAUGCAGUACCUGCAGGGCAAGGGGCUCUGCCUCAUGCCCAUAUCGCUCGCCACCACAAUAUCCUCCGCCACGUCCCACCGGCCGAGGAGCGCCCCGGCCCGCACCCGCAACCCGGCCGCCCUUGGGCCCGGCGGCGAGGGGCCCCCCGCCUCCCCCAGCGUGUCGGUCCUGACCGUCCAGUCGGUGGCCCUCGGCAACGGCCUCGACGGCAGGUCCGGCAAGGAUGCCGCCUCCGUCUCCAAGCCGCGAUGACCCGGGCCGGGUACGGAAACACGGACCGGAAAGUUGG